UACGACGUGAGCUGUCAGCUGUAGUAAUUUUUGUUUCUUUGUGUUUAUUACGCCUCUAAAAAUGUUAUGAUCAUUACGUAUACGCGAAUAUGGGUGCAAAAGACUCAAAACCUACUUUUAUAUCCUAUGAAGAUGCAGUGAAGCGAGUGUCUGAUAGUGAAUUGAGACGGAUUCGCGAGGCGUUCAAGAGGUGCGCUGGAGUUAACGGCACGUCCUUGAGUUUGGAGGCAUUCGUCCAUGAAGUGCUGUGUGACGGAGUGCCGUAUGAGGUCGCCGAGUGGCUGUACCAGGCUUGCGGCGGCACCAAGCGGGGCAUCGCCUUCAGGGAGCUGCUGUGCGGGAUAGUAGUGUUGACCAAAGGGAACCUCGAAGAGAAAAUUAAGUUUCUAUGGACGCUGUAUGUGAAUAACCAAGGCGACAAUGGAGUGUACAUUUACAAGAGGGAUUUUGCGCGAUCACUGCACUUGGAGAACACAUCUCUGCCAGUGACAGGGGCCCAGCGAUCAGCGGAAGUGUUGCUCAGUCUGUUUGGGCCUGGCGAGAAGGUUACGUUUGAGCAGUUCAGAUCAUGGCUGCUCAUACACAAGGACGCGACAGUGCUGUCCCGAUGGCUCCUAUCUGGUGGAGGGCAUGUGAUCCAAGAUUUGGAGACACCCACAUUUUACCAGAGUUUGGCUGGAGUGACACAUCUAGAGGAAAGGGACAUAAUCGAGCUAGAGAAAUGCUUCUGGUCGCUCCGCAACGCCGCGCCGAGCGGGCAGCUGGACGCAGCCAGCUUGACGGCCUUGCUGUCGCCGCCGCUGCCGCGCGCUGCUGUCGACGGCGCCGUGCUGGCGCUAGAUGAGAACCGCGACGGACACGUGGACUUCAAGGAGCUGUGCUGCGGGCUCAGCGCUGCUUGCCGCGGGCCAAGAACCGAGCGGCUCAAGUUCUGCUUCAAGAUCUUCGACAUGGACCGGGACGGGGUCCUGAACAAGAAGGAGCUGGUGGACAUGGUGGGCAUCCUUUGUACCGUCGCCAACGAAGCCCUCAAGCAGCAAGGUUCAAGAGCGUCUACCCCCGACACCAAUGACUCCGAGCAAGCAGACAAGGGUUUCGACCCAGAAGUGGUGUUGGUGAACCUCAAGGGCAAGCUGGUUCCCGCGCCUAAGAAGGCCAUGUUCCAUCUCGGGCCCAAGGCAGAUGAAGAAAAUAUCGUCACUCUAAACGAGCAGGAGUCAGAGAGCGAGGGUCUGAUCAGCAACGACGUGGCGCUCACGCAAGAAGACUUCCUGAUCUGGAGCGUGGAGAGUGCUGAUACGCUCGUCACUCCCUUCCUAGAGCUUCUGUUCGAGGUGUGCCACAUUGUGCUGGGACUCCGGCCGCAGUGCAAGCACCAGGAGAGGGACAUCGUGCUGGGAUGGCUCCGACGGGAAGUCCAGCGGGGUUACUCGGUGGGGCAAUUCUGGUACCUGGUGGGCGCCGAGUGGUGGAGCGCGUGGCUGGCGCACACAGCCGGCGGCGCCGAGGGCUGCUGCCGCGCCGCGCCGCGCCAGCUCGACGACGCCAUCGUGUGCGACGAGAGCUUCACCAGCAACUCCACGGGUGAGUGACGUCACCAGGCUGGCGCACACAGCCCGCGCCAGCUCGACGACGCCAUCGUGUGCGACGAGAGCUUCACCAGCAACUCCACGGGUGAGUG